AUGCCGAGCCAUUACAUGGACCGCCUCCGCAGCCAGGCCACUACUCCUCCUCCUCCUCCUCCUCCUCCCCCUCGAUCUGAGUCCCCCGAAUCAGUCUACGAUGACCUCCUCGACCUGGCACCCGACGUAAUCGCCCUCGACAGAUACGCCAACAACGGCACCCCUCCCCCAGUUGAAAGACUCCCAUCCCCCGAACCAGAAAAACCCCAGGAGAAGAAGCCCGAAAAGCCCAGGGGCAGCAUCUUCCGAAGAACCGGAGAAUUCCUCCGUCCCUGGAACGACGGGAUGGACGAGCGUCGCAGGGAAAUCUGGGCCUACUUCCGCAGCGCUGCCUUCGCAGAGUCCGCCCGCAAGACAAAGGCCUUCUACGACCGCUUCCGCCCACCACCAGAGCAAAGAGACCACAGCCGCUUCGUCACCUACGACGAAUACCUCAGAAAUAGGGGCACCUACAAGCCGUACCUCCAGCCAAUCUGCAAUUCUAGACGCGAUGAACUCCGCCGUAUUGCAGAGUACGCGGCCAGAAAGCGCACCGAGAGGCAGUUGCCUGCUUCGGAAGAACGAAUCAAGUACCAGCUGCGCAAGUAUAACGACGCCGUGGCUAGGGCUAAUGGAAGGUCGUAUGACGGGGACAUCAUGUGCCCGAUGCUUCCUCUGUCAAGUGAGCUGUACAUCUACGAGGGGGAUGGGGAAGCUGAGGGGUGUGAGCUGGAAGGGUUUCCGGCGCAUAUCGGCGGUCUUCACUUCUUAAACGAUGGGGAACUUAAUGGUCUUUUGGGACAUCUUCAGAUCGACAUCUCCAGGAUGGUUGAUAGGAAGACCAAGAUGGAUGCUAUUAUCGGCCGAUGGAUUCGAUUUUGA